AGUUUCCUGUAUGUAGGAUCGCCGUUCGAAUACCACGAACGACGCGUUUCUUUGGUAACGAAAAUAUCUGAAGCGAACUACGUUUAUUUUUUUCUGAUAAACACUUUGUAUACGUACGUGUUAAAAGAUUAAUAUGAAGAGAAAUGUUAUAAACCUUUUCGACAUCGAUCAAAGAAUUUAAUUAAAAGAAAUUAUAUGUAAUGGGUUGUGGGAACAGUACACCAGAACGUUCAAAAUCUGCAGCAUCUUUGGAACCUUUUAAUAGAAAGCCUAAAAUAAGCGUUCGAAGACAAUCCGAAGUAAAAAGAGCGGAAGGGAAGCCAGAGAUAAUUUUCAUUUUUGGCGGACCAGGUUCAAAGAAAGGAUGUAUUGUCGACGACUUAUGCAGCACUUUUGGGUUUAAGUUUGUUUCUUGCGAAUCAUUGGUUUUUAGCGAACUACCGAAGAAGGUAAAAAACGUUAUGCAAAUUGAAAGUUCCAAAGAUAUACAAGACUUACUUAAGGACGAUUCGUCUCAAGUCAAUAUUAGAUGGAUACUAAGCCUAGUGGAGAAUAAAAUAGAGCAAGAUCCCGAUAAGGAGUCGAGUGUCUAUAUAAUCGAUUAUAUGCCGAAUUUAAAAUGUUUGCUGAGAAUAGAAAGUAUUAUAAAUGAGUGCGUGAAAGCUCUAGAAGAAUUUGAAACGAAGUAUCCAGUAUCUUUUGCUCUUAAUUUAGCCAUACCACCUGACAAAGUGGUCACUCAAAAGAUACCUCUAUGCACAACUCCAGGUAAUAAAAUGAAAGAAACAGGAGGCCAGAGCGACGAAGCUGAUACGGGAAGAACACAAAAAAGAGCAGCAAUAUUCGAUACAUCUGCAAAACCUUUCCUAGAAUACUUUUCAAAAUCUUCCAGAUUGUUAACAAUCGAUGUCACAUGCGGUAAUGCAGAAUUAAUGUGGAAUCAGGUUCUUGAGAUGUUCGGCGAAUUGAAAUUCAAUGCUUCGAAAAUAGUGAAUCCUCUACUGCUAUUUGCCUUAGAUGAUAAUGACGUCAACCGAAUUGAUACAAGAAAAUACUACAUGGAUAUUAUUCAAUUGGCAUCGAUUGUAUCCGAUCCACACAGUGAUGCGAAAAAACUUCUGUUAACCUUAUUCGAUCAUAUCAACAAGAGAGCUGGAAGGGCGGAUGCAUUUGUUAUCAACGUUUCCGGAACGUCAUUAGCGUCUCUGAAAGAUCUUAAGCAUAGUGAGGACAAGCCACCUUUAUUUUUCGAUAUUGAAGACGGAUAUCUGGAAAGGUAUUUACCAGGAAGCCCCAAAAAAGGGAUGCAUAUGUCUACACAAAAGCAAGGAGAAUUAUAUAAAGCCGUCAGUAGCAUAGAAAACGACGUAUGCCUUUUCCCCCAACGUUUAGAUUCUACAACGUGUAGAACGAUCGCUUCAUAUUUCGCUCAUUCAAGUAGAUUAGUAGGAAAUGUAUCUUAA